UCACAAAAAUUUCCUUCUCCCCCAAAUUUCCAUCGUCGUGGAACAAGUAAUUAAGCGAACCUUAAUGCUUUCCACAUAAACCCUAACCCUAAUUGCUACAUCUCCAAAUAAUCAACUCGUAUUCAAAGCAACCGAAGAAUGGCGGAGCAUUUGGCGUCAAUUUUCGGUACAGAAAAGGACAGAGUGAAUUGUCCAUUCUACUUCAAGAUCGGAGCUUGUCGGCAUGGCGACAGAUGCUCGAGGCUUCACACCAAACCCAGCAUCAGCCCCACUCUAUUGCUUUCCAACAUGUACCAGCGUCCUGAUUCCAUCACUCCAGGUGUUGAUCCCCAGGGUCAACCCCUUGAUCCUCGCAAAAUCCAAGAUCACUUCGAGGAUUUCUAUGAAGAUUUGUUUGAAGAGCUGAGUAAGUAUGGGGAGAUUGAAAGCCUAAACAUAUGUGACAACUUGGCUGACCACAUGGUGGGGAAUGUGUAUGUCCAGUUUAGGGAAGAAGAGCAUGCUGCAAAUGCUCUUCAAAAUCUCACUGGGAGGUUUUAUGCAGGGCGUCCAAUCAUUGUGGACUUUUCUCCAGUGACAGAUUUUCGUGAAGCUACAUGUAGGCAGUAUGAAGAAAAUGUAUGCAAUCGUGGUGGUUAUUGCAACUUCAUGCAUUUAAAAAAGAUCAGUAGAGAGUUAAGGAGACAAUUAUUUGGAAGAAGUCGAAGAAGAAGAAGCAGAAGCCGAAGCCGAAGCCACAGUCCCCAUCGCCACCGUGGCUACGACGAGCGCGGUAGCCGGAGUUCCGGAAGAAGGGCGGCCAGCGGUGAUUACACCGACUCCCGCCGCCGCCACCACAGCCGUAGCCCCGGUCGACGCGGCGGCGGCCGGAGCAGAAGCCCUGGCGGCAAACGGAACCGGAGUCCGGUCAGGGAAGGUAGUGCGGAACGAAGGGCAAAGAUUGAACAAUGGAAUAGGGAAAGAGAACAAGCCAACUCCCGCCCUAAAACCACCACUGAUAAUAAUAGUAAUGAACAAAAUGGAGAUGAGUAUUAUGAUCCACGUCAGCAGCCACAUCAGCAAUAUGAUGACUAGAUCGGAGUACAGGGUACAGGUUCACCAGGACUCCUGAAACAUGUGAUUGUUUGCAUUUCAAGUUCUUGAAAAAAAAUAUAUUUACAUUUUUUUUUUCUGGAUAUAGUUUUUAGGGUUAAAUGCAUGGAAAAAAAAAAUACAACAUUCAACAAUUCAUUUCUUUAUAGGAGUCUAAUCCAAAUACAAAGCAAUAUGUAUAUUUUUCAAUGUCUAAGGUCAUCAUUUGAAACUACAAUUCUAUAAUUAGAAAAAAAUAUAUUUUUUUCAAGUACAAUGCCUUAUUAAGAAAAUAUUUAAAGGAAAAUAUAUUGAAACAAAAUGAAAAGUAGGAUGUCGAUUGUCGUGUGGAUUAGAUAUGCAAUAAAAGAGAUAGUAAAUUGGCCAAGGUCAAGUAACACAAGUUGGGAUAACUGAUAAGGGUGUUUAGGUCAUUUUCCUUAUUUCUUCAUUAGAUCGAUUUAAUAGAAGUAUAAGUAGAAGUUUAGGGUAAAUGUUUGUUUCUAGGAGAGACUCGGCUUCUCGAAACCUUUGUAUUCUUUCAUUGGGGUGGUAGGGAUGAAUUUGUCUAAUGAUGUGUAGUUUUUUUCUUUUUUUAAAAUUAAAAUAUAUAUAUAUAUAUAUAUAUAUAUAUAUAUAUAUAUAUAUAUAUAUAUAUAUAUAUAUAUAUAUUUGAUUUUUGUAUUGGAAUAUAAAUAUUAUGAAGAAAGAAAUGUGAUCUUACAUAAUAUUCUAGUUUUGCAGGUUCAGGUAUCCCUGCAUGAAGGAUCAUGCCUUAUUAAUUGGAGCUUACGAUUAUUUUUGUAUACAGGUUGGUUGACUUUACUAAUCUUGGAAGGAACAAGUUGAAGAUGACGUGGCAUCCUAUUUUAUUAUUUCUUGCAGUAUUUGUGUUUUAGUUUCUUCAUCACAGAUGGUGUUUGAGGUUUGUAUCAAGUAUCAACAACUUUUUCUAUGCAAUUUGUUGUUAUGGAAAGUUGAAGGAUUUAGCAUUCAUAUGAUUUGACAUGGAGCAUCCAUUAUAAUUAUAAAUAUGAGUUUUUUCAA